AAAAAAGUCUUCAAGCUUGAUCCCACAAAGUUUGCCAAGGCGGAAACAAAUGGUUGGUAUACAUCUGUUGAGGAUGCCGAGCGCACGCUCAACCACCCUGGCUUCAGUACACUUGAUUGCAAGUUAUAUGUUGAGUACCUCCUUGAGCGCCCAAAGGGUGCUUUUGUUUUGGGAGAAUAUUACCACAACACGCAGAUCCUCAGCAAGAGUCGGAAACAUGACAAUAGCAGCUCAAUUGACCCCUUGCACUGCAAACUCCGCUAUAUUUCCUCUGUUGACAGAAAGCGCGCCGACGUCAAACUCUCAAUCUUUGCGUGCAAAAUUUGAAUCAAAUGCAGUCCUUAUUCUUGGUAAUUGGACCCAGGCAUGAUCCGUCAUCACGAGCCAAUUCGUGGGAAGGGGCUGCGGGAAAUGAUAAUAGGCCAGUGAUUCAUUGUCUACUUGAUUGGCGAGUAUUGCACCUCAACAUUUUUCCUGGCGUGCGAGAGCAGGAUGGAGAAAUUUAACAAAAUUGAUGAUUCUCGUUUGAAGAAUCCCAAGCACAAGCACCACGUCGCAAUGGCAGCAGCAACAGAAUGGUCAGCAGCAGCAGAACCAGGUAGCCGCAACAGACAUAAAUAUAAUUCCAGCAGUAAAAAACCUCGCCAAAUUUUAUGCUACAGCUUACUCCAGUGCACAAUGGAAAACUGCCUGCAUACCUUCAGGGCCAACGGAACCAAGAUCAAGGAUGGCGAAAAAGUAUCAUCAGCCAGAUGAAAGUGGAAUCG